UGACAACAAAUGUGUGAUGACAUUGACAUGUGUGAGUUGUUGAUGUGAAGCACAGCAAUUAUUAAGUUAUUUAAUGCGAAACGGGCGAAUCUUUGAGACGAUGAGAUUAACAGGAAAUGGCAUCAGUAUGCAAAUCCUACAUCCGAUGCCCAUCACUACAUGAAGUAGACCUAAGGACUGUCUAGCCUUUCUCUCAAGAACAUUUUUGAUCGGAGCAUCCGAAGGGGCCAGUCACCAAGAUGGAAUCACCUGUCACUCCGGAUGAAGAGCGCAUCCGGAGAAAGUUACUGGACACGUUGCUGCUCUUGAAGGUGCAGUUUGAUCCAUCAAGACUCAGUGAGAUCUUGUUGGAAAUAGCUCUCAUCUCCAGUAUCUCCAGACAUGGGGCUGUAGCGUCGACCCUUCAGGAAUACCACGCUCAUGCUCAGGUGCUGCAAGUCAUGGACCAGCAUACCUACAAUGCAGACAUACAAGAGGCUGGUUGUAACGCCCUAGCAGCCAUGAUGCAAGUCAGUGACAAACUUAAAGAUUUGGUUCACAAGAAGAACAUUCACAGUCAAGUGCUCGAGAUCAUGGACAAGCAUAAGGAUGACCCCAAGGUUCAAGCUUCUGCAAUGAAAACCAUUGCUUUCUUGGCUAUGGCAGAAGACACGUGCAUCGCCAUGCUGGGAGAGGAUGUGAUGGAAGCCAUUUUGGAAGCCAUGAAACUGUUCCCAGGAAAUGCGCCAGUCCAGAAGAAUGCUUGCAAUGCCCUCAAGCAGUUACUUACAGAUGAGUCAGAUCGUCAGGUUGAAUUUGUUGACACAAAGAGGCAUCGAUUCAUAACAGCAGCCGUCCAUUACCACUGCAAGGACUGUGCAGUGCUUGAAGAGGCGUUCUGGCUGCUCGCUAUACUAGCCAUUCCAGAGGACUGUUACGAUGUUCUACUUCAAGAGACCCACAAGGACAUCAUAGCAGCCAUCAAGAGGUUUCCUGAUAAUGUUGGGCUACAGACAGCAUGCUGUGCUCUCAUUGAGGCAUUAGCUCAAACAGAGGACAGCCAGCAGCUCUUUGUGUUGAAUGAUGUAUCGGAUCUGCUGAUUGAUGCGUUACGAAGGUUCUCAGACAACGCUCGUUACCUGACUAUAUGUCUCAGUGUCAUGGAUAGGCUAGCGGAAGCCAUCUUCACAGCACCCAAGUGGUUAGAUAGGAUGCUGAAUGAUAACUGGAUGAAUGAAACCUUCAUGGCUCUUACCAAACAUCAGGACUCACCACCAUGCCUUGAAAAUGCUCUGAGGGCUUUGACAACACUGGUCAGUAAUAGACCUGGCAUGCUUGUGGAAAUGCUCACAGAAGAAAGUGAAAGUAUGGCUGUAGACAGUGCAGUACUGAUGAGCUUGAGAUUGCAUUCUAAGAACAGUAAGAUCAUCUUUGAGAUGGGUUGUGAUGCAAUCCAAGCAUUGGCGGAAAACUCAGAUAUGAUGCAGAGGACUCUUGCAGAGAAGGGAGCUUUGAUGGAUAUCAGGUCAGGCAUGGUGACCUACGCUAGGAGCCCUGAAUGCCAAGCUGCUGCUAGUAGAGCUAUCAGAGGACUAUGCCUCGCCAUAGAGUACCGAGAUGACUCGAUUCAUCUAGACAACAAGCAAGCUGUAACUGAAGCCGGUAUCCACACCCUUCUCUUUGAGGCUGUCAGAAACUUCAUAGGAGAUGUGGAGGUUCUUUUGGAUAUAGUCAACACCAUCACGUGUCUUGCUGAUAUGGAUGUUGUGAAGUAUCAGUGUAUGGUAGAAGGCAUCCAUGAAGUCAUACUUCAAGGGAUGGCAGAAUACCAGGAUGACCCCAACAUUCAAGAACUAUUCCUAGAAACCAUGGUUGUGUUAUCAUCAGCAGAGGGAAUGAUUGACAUUCUUGUUGAAGCUGGAAUUUUAUCUCUUACGGUAGAACUGAUGGAGAAAUAUUCUCAAAUUGAAGCUAUUCAAGAGAAUGGCACCAUUCUACUGCAGACCGUUGUGAACAAGAAGAAGUCAAUUUGUGAUGACAGACUAGCUGAGAAGAUUGCUAGAGCCAUCAUCAGCUCUAUGAAGAAGUUCAGAAAAGCACCUUCUAUCCUGGCUGAGAGUUGUGUUGCCAUGCAGUUCCUAGCCGACAUCUCGCAGGAAGUCACAAAGACACUGGUCAACUACAACGCCCAUGAAGAGCUCUUCCACAUUCUAGAGGCUUACAAAGACGAUGAUACUCUUGUAAACCUGGUUUGUGAGUGUCUGUAUAUUCUUUGCUGCAAGUGGGAGUUCACAGAUCAGAUGCUGCUGUGGGCUUGCAAGGAAAAUCUCAUGAAGGGAGUAGAGGUUCUAGUUGAGCUAGGUGCUGAUGUCAACACAGGUGAAGGCUAUGAGACACCUAUGUGCUUUGCAUGUGAGAAUAACAAUGUAGACAUGGUCAAACAACUACUCAAACAGGGAAUCAGUGACUUGCACACUCCCCUCAGCCGUUGCUUAAAACUGAAACAGCAUCACAUCAUUGGCUUGCUCCUCUAUCAGAUGGGUUGCGAUAGACAAGCUGGGUCAUUGACCUGGAGUAGUCUUGGACUAGCGAGACUGAACCCAGAAUGGCUGUACAAAGUCUUCUUAGAUGAAGAACCACCAGACCCUGACAGCCCAAAUGUUUCUGGCCUUAACGAGACGGACAGUGGUAACAGCUCGUUCAUCGCCAGCAAGAUCCUGAUGAAGGCAGAGACCAGGCAGCAGCGCGUCAAGCUGCAGGAGCAUAUGGCCAAGCAUGACAUCACCAAGAUGCUAAAGUGGACCAUCUCAACCGCAUCACUACCUCUACCACUCAGCCCUGGUGGGCCUCGUACCCCCGGUGGGCCUCGUACCCAGCAUCCUAUCCCUGUCAGAAGGGUAGUCAGUGAAAUGCAGCAGCCCCCUCCCUCUGUAAUCAUUUCGGCAGCAAGCAGGUCUCGACCAAACUCAAUGACUGAUAUCUCACAACCGAGUCUGUUGGAGAGGAGAGCAAGUGACAUUAAUCCGCCAAGGUGGGAUGCAGAAUCUGCCAAAUUGCAAGGUUUUCUUCGUCGAGCCAGCGUAGAUUGCACUGCUGUAACUAUCCCUGAAGAACUUUUCUCAUCACAACUUCUUGAAGACAGUGACCAAGGUGGAAGCACCGCCACUCUGAUGCCCUCACGGUUCACCUCCACCCCUCGAUCCCAUCUCCGUCCCCUCACCAUCCCCAUCGGUGCCACAGCCGCUACCAGUGACACCGACGAUGAGAUGGGAGACUACUGGAGGGAUCAACCUUCCUUGGGGAGGCUCCCCCCUUCGGAGGCUCGAUCGUCACAGGGGCUGAAUGGGAGGCGCUCUCCGAUACCAGACGGAAGAAAGUCUCCACUGCUGGUGGAGACUCUGAAGAAGAAUAGUGCGCGUUCUGCCUCCGUUUCCUCGUUCUUUGAGCCUGUUGAUGAGACAGAUUUAGCUGAAACAGCCAGAAGAAAGCGAUUCAGCUCCGGUUCUGAGCUUCCCCCUAAAGCCAGCCGUCUGCGUAAGAAAUCUUUGAGUAGCGCCCAGCUCCCAAUCCUAAUGGAUGAUCCAAGAUGGGUGAUGCAUAUGGAACAGAAUCUUGGCAGCAGUAUAGAGCUAUCAGAAUCUGAGUCAUCCCUUGCCAUCCUGCCGUCCAGACCAGAACUGAAAAAGAGAGAAAGUAUUAUAUCUACUGUUUCCACAGCUGAUAGCUCCAGUAUGUAUCUUGCUGAUGAGAGUGUAUCGGUUCAGAACCUUGAUGUAAGUAGUCAGGAUGAGAGACGACUGUCUGGAAACCCUCCUGGGAAAACGUUUCAGUUUCAGUUUGGAGGAGGUAUUUCCUCUGAGUAUGCUGUGAGUGAUAGCAGUACUGCUGAUGAUUUCUCAGAUGCUGGCAUGGUUUCUUCUAGCAUUCCCGAUGUGGUGUCCCAGAUUGGUGUCCAGAGACCGCAGCGAAUGUACCGUAACACGCCACAGCGUCAGAAGAGGCGAUCCCUGACAGCACCCUCUAACAUGCAUGAUCUGCCGGAAGGACCAGAUAUCUGUAUCAAGUUUGUCGACCUCUCUGCAAACAACGUCUCUGACCUGACCCCGCUGUCCAGAGCUCCUCACAGGCUGCUACAGGAGUUUAGGUUCCUUGAAAAGCUUGACCUCAGUGACAACGGUCUGACUGAGUUUCCCAAAGAAUUGACCGAUUACAUGCCUGAGCUACAGGAACUGAACCUAAGAUCUAAUGGUAUCACAGAGCUACCCACCCAUCUACUCAGCCUCAGCAAGCUAACUCUACUAGACCUCUCUCACAACCAAAUCAAGGAUCUCAACAAGACCAGACCUGGAGACACUGCCUUCAAGCUUGUCGAGUUGGAUCUAUCCUACAAUGCCACAGUCCGCUUUCCAUCAUGGCUUAGUAUGUUUGUGCCUUCUCUUCAGAGACUCUCAUUAGCCAGCAACAAGAUCGAGACCAUCCCUGACAAACCUCUCGCCCUGCAACUGCUGAAGAUUCUGGACUUGUCCAACAACAAACUGACCACCUUGACCCCUGUCUUCCUUCAUGGAUGUGACGCACUAGAGCAGCUGUGUGCAUCAAACAAUCAGAUCGACUCCCUUCCUGGAGACCUGGACAACAUCUUGCGCAAAUUGAAGAUUCUGAAGCUAGCCAAAAAUCAGCUCAGUCUUCCGGAGCACCCCUUCAUUCCAAAAUUUGUUCUCCAUCUUCCAUUACUGCGAGAUAUUGAUCUGAGUGAUAAUGGUAUCAUCGACAUCCCCCCUCCAUCAGAAUGGAAGAGUCAAACACUGAGGGAAGUCAUCUUGUCACGGAACAAGAUCAAGAAGCUGACACUUGGAGAUAACCUAAAGAGCUGGUCAAAGCUGGAGAGACUUAUCUUAAGCCACAACAAACUUACUAAGGUGCCCAAGGAACUAGGUCAGUUGACCCUACUUGCAUCCCUUGACCUGAGCCAUAACAGGUCCAUCACCACCAUCCCUGAUGAACUCGGUCAACUCAACAAGCUCUGGGAGUUCCCAUUGGAUGGACUCAAGCUAGACUUGGACCCAGCCAUACUCAAAGGUAGAACCAAAGACAUCAUUGGUUUCCUCAACCAGAAGUACAAAAGGUCUGAAGCAUACAAUCGUAUGAAGCUGAUGGUAGUGGGCUAUGGAGGCCGCGGAAAAUCCACCCUCUUGUCCAGAAUGCAGGGACAGAAAUUUGAUAAGAAGGGUGACAACAUCGCCACAGUUGGGGUUGUCGUCAAGGAAUGGGUCAUCCAGAUACGGAAGAAGGACUUCUGUCUGAGUACAUGGGACUUUGCAGGUCAAGAGGAUUUCUACAGCACUCAUCCCUGCUUCUUGACUGGUAGAGCUCUCUUCCUGGUUGUUUAUGACAUCAGCAAAGGACCCGAUGAGAUAACCACCCUACGUCCAUGGUUACUGACCAUCCAGGCCUUAGCGCCAUCCUGUCCAGUCAUAGUAGUGGGUACACACAAGGACAAGAUCCCCAAAGACCAUGCGGCGGAUUUCAUCAGUGACAUGGAGAUGAGAGUGUUAGAGGUAUGCAGGUCUCCUGGAUUCCCGACCAUCAAGGGUUACAUCAACCUGUCUGCCGUGACUGAUUCAGGAGGCAUCAAUGAGCUGAGAGGAAUGAUCGAGAAUGUCAUUCUAAAUGAGAAGAUCAAAGGUCAACCCAUAUUUGGGCAGAUGAUACCCUACAGUUAUCUGAGACUUGAGCAGCUGCUGCAGGAGCAGGUGAGGAGAUUGAAGAGUGAAGGACAACCCCCUGUGAUGCUUCAUAAGCAGGUCAUCAAGAUGAUCAGAGAGAAUGAUCUACAGCUGGAUGAUAAUGAACUAUCACAGGCGGUAAGAUUCCUCCAUGAGACUGGCGUCCUACUCCACUACGAUGACCCCUCUCAGCAACUCCGGAAUGUCUACUUCAUUGAACCACAGUGGCUGUGUAAGGUCAUGGCUAGAGUCAUCACUGUCCGAGAGAUCAACCCACUAGUCAGCAAGGAAGGGAUCAUGAAAGUGAAGGACAUUUCAUUGCUGUUCAAUGAUGGAGACGUCCCCAAGCAACUCAUUCCACAAUACCUCAAACUCUUGGAGAGGUUUGAGGUAUCACUACCAGUGAGUGACGAUAAGAUUCUACUCCCAUGCAAGGUGCCUAUCCAGAAACCCAACAUCACUCUACCGAUAAGUGAUGCUACACAGGAUUUGCUUCUGCGCUACUAUGACAUGCCCUACAUCCCGCUUGGCCUCUGGUCCAGAAUGAUUCUACGUCUCUUGCUCUUCUCAAAACACAUGAUGAACGGAGAGGAGGACCAUGCAGAAACCAUUCCUAUAUGGCACAUGCCUGUUCUGAACACACAGGGGUCAGCUGUCUCAACCCAUCGACAGUUUCGUAUGAGAUCUCAUGAAGAGCCGGAGACUGUAUUCUGGAGAGAAGGGAUAUAUGUCUGCUGGUCAGAGGAAGCAUUCUUCUUGAUAGAGCCGCUGAAGAAAGGAGCCGACACUCUCAAGAUCACUGUCCCAAAGACGAAGCAGGGAUACAGACUUCUAGGCCUAGUCAGCGAUCACCUUGAUGAUCUGAUAGAGGAAUGGUUUCCUGGUCUAUGUGAGCUAGAUCCUAGACUAGGUAGACCUCUGGUCCAGAGACUAGUACCAUGCGUCAUGUGUGAAGGGCGUCCACAUCUUCAUGAUUUGAGUGAGCUGUUAGAACAGUCUGAGACAAGUGAUACAAUAACCUGUCCUAACCAUCCUACUAGAAAGGUUCCACUUCAGAUUCUGGCACCUGAUGUUACCCUUGCAGAUCUGGAGGACAAGUUUCUUCUUGAUCCUAGAAAACUCAACUUCACUCAAAGGGCUGAGAAUUUACUAGGAGAUGGCAGCUUUGGCUCUGUGUAUAAGGGAACAUACAGAGACAAGCCUGUAGCAGUCAAGGUAUUCAGCAAGGGUGGAGAAAGUCAUCCACAUAGGCUACUACGUCAAGAGGUGACUGUUCUACGGCAUCUACAGCACCCUAGCCUUGUCUCAAUGGAAGGAGUUGGUCUGAACCCAAGGAUCCUGGUCAUGGAGCUCGCUCCUCUAGGAUCCCUCAAUACUCUCCUGGCUAGCGGCAGGAUCAAGAACAGGAAUCUCCAGCAUCGCAUCGCAAUGCAGGUUGCUGAAGGAUUGGCUUUUCUUCAUAAGAACAGGAUUGUGUACAGAGAUCUCAAACCAGACAAUGUUCUUAUCUUCUCUCUAGCACUGGGUACACUGCAAAAUGCCAAGAUCUCUGACUAUGGCAUCUCAAGGUUUGCCACCCCCUAUGGGCUGAAGUCAUCUGAGGGUACCCCAGGCUACAGGGCUCCAGAGGUCAUCAGGGGUACUAGUAACUAUAACACAGAGGUUGAUAUCUACUCGUUUGGCAUCCUACUCUAUGAGCUGGUCUCUGAAGGACAUCGACCAUUUGAAGAGAUGGAGUUUAGAACAGAGAUUGACGAGGCUGUCAUCAAGGGUCAGCAUCUUCCACCCAUAAGUCAAGGAGGAGUAGCCCCCUGGCCUGAUCUACAGGAGCUCAUUGAUCACUGUACAGAACAUGUUCCAGAGAGCAGACCCACAGCACAAGAGGCUUUUGAGAAGCUGAGUUCAGCUGAGAUGCUCUGCUUAAAACAAGCAUCUGCUCUGCUCAGUGGAGUAAAUGUUGAAUGCCAGGCUGUCAGGACAUAUCAGAAGGACGAUCAAGAGAGAACAGAGAUUUGGUUAGCGGGAGGAGAGAAGAACUCUACUAUGUUCUCAUGCUUCACCAUCAGAAAUUCUGAACAAGAUGCAUCUGUACAGGGCAUGAUCAUACAGAAGGGACGAGCCUUAUGCAUGGUGGCCAUCGGUCCUAACACCAUGCUCGUAGGAACUCAGUCCUGUGAACUGGUCCUUAUUAACCUGACCUCUAGCCCCUACCAGGUCAAGCAUACCUUGCCUCAGCUUCCUGAUGCUGUGCUGUGCCUCUCAUGGCAUACCAAACGAAGAGAAGAUGGGAAAGUGUUUGCUGGUCUUGCCAAUGGUACCAUCGCUGUGUACUCGGCUAAGAGAAUCAGAUUAGAAAAGGACUGCAAACCUGACCAGUACAUCCAGGUUGGAACGUACCAUGAACCCAUCAAGUGCUCCUACCUGACUAACAGCAGACUGUGGGUAGGAGUAGGAGACAGGGUGGAGGCUAUCACUCUCAAGACUCUCAAAUCAGAGAUCAAGCUAGAACAUGAUAAGAAGGAAACAUCCAAAGAUCCCAGAAAACUUGGUCUGGUGAAGACUGUGGCGCUCGAAAAAUGUCUCUGGCUGUGCCGUCAUAACAGCGGUGUGAUAGAAGUAUGGAACACUGGCAAACAGCAGCUAAAAACAACCAUCGACAUCAGGGACUUGAUAGGUGAACAAUAUCCAGAUGCCAGAAUAUCCGAGUUCGACGUCAAGUCCAUGAUGCUCCAGCCUCGCACUGCAUUGUGGGUAGGCACGGCGGCGGGUAAGCUGGUGUUGAUUGAUGUCAAUACCUAUCAGCUGAUCACGGUCAUUGGAAGACAUGUCUCUGGACUCAGGUCCAUCCUGGCGGUCAACAAGGGUCUUGGUGUUGGGAAGAAUGAAUCAGUCGUUGUGACGGCAGGAAUGGGCUUUGUGCAGCGACCAGGAGUACCUCAUCUCACAGAAUCCAACUACAGCUAUGCCCUGGUGUGGGACGCAGAACUCAAGAACCAGGUGCGCUACCUCCAGGCUGAUGCCGAGAGGCGUAAGAAGACCACCGAGAGUAACACCACACGCUGGCAUAAGGUGCAGGCAGCGAUCCGCGCUCAUGCCUUAAAAAAAUAGCCAUAAUAUACAUUAAUGAGAUACUGAUAACACUUGGGCUACACCUAGAUCACUUAGCGGGUUGAUAGUAGUGGAUUACCUUCACAAAGUAGCUACACUGUAUGAUGUAACAUUCCUCUAUUAGGAUAGAGACUGCCCCCUACAUGUACAGAGACCAUUUUGAGUCUCGAUAGUUGUGAAGGGCCAUCAGAAAGAGAUGUGAUAUGCAGUCCUCCAGUCCUUUUUAUGAGAUGAAAAACCUUAUCUACAUAGACCACUUGAUAGUCGUGUACGGCUAUCAAAGUGUAGUCAUCAUAUGCAUUCCUUUAAUAGGAAAAAGCGAAUCCUACAUAGACUAAUUAUAGGGUUAUAGAUAUUUAGGUCAAUCAAAAUGUAGCUAUGAUAUAACAUUCCUCUUUUUAGAUAAUUAUCAUUCCUACAUGUACAUCAAGCAACUUAAGGGUUGAUAGUUGUAUAAUGUACAUCUCUGUAAUGAGAGGAAGACCCCACCUACAAGGGUUGGUAGGACUAUCAAAAAUUAUUUAUGAUGUAAUAUUCCUCUAUGGAGAUAGAAACCACACCUACCAGUACGUAAACUAAUUAGAGGGUUGAUAGUAAUGAAAUACCAACAAAACAUAGCUAUGUCACAUAAAUAUACCACUUCAAAGAAUCAAAGUUGCAUGGGGCCGUCAAAAAGUAGCUAUGAUAUACAUUCUUCUAAUGAAAUGAAGACCAUACCGACAUAAACCACUUGCAUGGGUGAAUGUAGCGUAUGGCUGUGUAACAUAGUAGAUUAGGAGAUUCCUCUCUGUCUACUCUGUUUUUUGUUUUUGACAAGGAGAAGCGGUCUCUGAAAAAAAAAGUUUAUGUGGCAAGAAAAUGAACAUGCAAACAUUUUAUGGAAUGUCGUGAGGGAACUUAUUGUUCUCUUGAAAUUCCAGUUAUUAUUAUUUCUAAAUAUUAUAUACCUAGAGAGAAUAUUAUUGACAUUCUUUCAAUCCCAUCUUGUAUAGUAUUUUGGUAAAUGAAUGUACCAGAAAUUACCUCUAUCGAGCCAUUAACCCAUCGAAAACUAAACCAAAGAUAACUCAUGUUAAAGUUUAUGGAAAAUGCAUAUUAUAUCGUAAUCAAAUCAAAUGGGUAAAAGCUAGUCUACUUUAAUAGGGUAAUGAAGAUUACCUGGACUAAGCAGGAUCUCUUUUCAGAAUCUCAUUCAAAUUUUAGUUUAGCCCCCUACAUUUUCUUCAUGAUUUUCUAAAAGUAUAUAAUAUAUAUAUAUAUAUUGUGAUGUUUUUAUCAUUGUCUCAGAUUCCUUUCUAAUAUGGUUUGCUUGCUUGUCUAAUCUAGUCUUUCAUCUUUUGCUGCAUGUAAGAAUUUCUGUUAAUUGAGCGAGUGCAUGAAUUAGUGGACAAAAUAGUAGUUCACUAUAACGUAAUGACAUGACAAUUGCAUGUGUAUAAUUACCUUUUUCUUGCUGCAAUACAGUUUAGUAUGACAAAUGAGUUUCCAUGAAGUGUGCAUAUUUAUCUUAGUCUCAAACUUAAAACAAGACUUGUGUGAUUAUAAGUUUACUUUGUCAAAAAAAUAUUGUCACUCUUUUACCUUCACUUCAUUCUAACCCUCCACCACUGCUAGUGUGUUAAGUUCAGUUAAAUGCAUUUAUGGUACUGAGUAUUUUUUUGCUUGAAUGUACAAGUAGUAAAAGUUUUCAUGUUUUAUAAAAAAUGGAUAUCGAGAAAGCUACUAAAUAACAAUCUUAUCACUGAUAGAAAAUUGUAGCAGGUAUUUCAUCAUCUAGUUGUUUUUAUAUACCGGUAGAACUUAUUCCUAUGUUAAACAUUCUUUUUUUUAUGGUUGUAUAUUUUAUAUAUUUGUAUAUAUCAAAUAAUUUGUAUAUUUGAAAAUUGUAUCCAUUGAUUAUAUUUUUCAUGUGAACAAGGUGCAAUUAUAGAUGGACAAUUUCAAAUAUUACCUCAAUCUAAUGCUAUUACAGUUCAGCAAAAUAUUAUUAUGCAGUAAGUCAGCAUUAUCCAAAUAAACCACAUUGCUAAUAAUGAUGUGAUGAUUUUAGAGUUCAAAUAUUCAUGCUCAUAUUUAACAUACCAGUAUAUAUAUACAAAUACUCAGUACUAUCCUAGAUUUGCUUUGCUAGUAAAGUUGAGCUAUGCAGGAAGUUUGAAUGUAUACAAACUUCAUAAUUUCUCCAAAAUUAUGACUUGUACAACUUCCAAGUAAAGUCAUGAUGCACUUGUCACUUUAUGGUCUUCUUAUUCUCAAGAAACAAUUUCUUAAUGAUGUUAGGUGGUUUAAGUUUUGUUGUACCCAAUGUUUUACUGUCCAAGUGCAUGUAUCCUUUUUCAACUAGCACAGUUGUUAUCAUUUUUCUAUUUUGCUAUUGGUAUUUUGUUUUAAAUCUGUUUGUCAUUGUAUUGUCCCUUUUUUUUCUUCUUGGUAUGUUAUUGCCAAUUUUUAGUUAUCGAAAUCCUGUUCAUAAUUUGUCUUAUCACCCAUUUGAAUACUGGUAAUGCGCUGGAUAUUUCAGGAAUGUCUGAUGUAUUUACUAUUGUUGUAGAUUCCUGUUGUCGAUUCUUGUUGUCCUUAGUAUUUAGUUUUAUGUUUGAUAUUUGUGCGAAAUACAUUUUCUUCCCUACUGCACAUAAAUCCAGCAUGAUUUAUAUUUUUUUAUUUGAAUUGUCCUUGAAAUAAGUUACAUGACAAGUGCCUAUAUAUUGAGUUUUUAUGUGAUAUUUUACUUGACAAUUUAGUUUUAAAAAUUUAAGAUCUCUGAUUCCUGUUCCCUUAUUAUUUAGUUUUAUGUCUAAUAUUUGCUUGAAUACAUGUACGGAGUGUAGAUUUUAGGUUAAGUAAUCAACAUUUCAGUGACCAUUAUUUGAAACAAUGUUAAAUUUUUAUGACUUUUAAGUGCUGAUAAUUUCUACUGAAUACAUGAAUACUAUAAAAUUAUUUUUGUUUAAUAAGGUGCUGAUAAGUUAAAUGCAUUAUUAUGAUUUUUAACAUUAUUAGAAUUUUGUUAAAUCACACUAAUCAAAUCAUAAUCUAUAUCUGCUAACAAGAGAAUAUUUUAUACUGAUGGCAUUGCCAAUAAUUCCUCGGAAUUAUAUCACACAACUAUUGCCUUUAGCUGAAAAGAAAAGUGUUUUUUAAAUUUUAUUUCUGUGCCUUCUUCUAUUUGAAUCACGAGUCUUGAACAAAAUCACACAUCUGCUUGCAGAAAAUGAUAUUAAAGUGUAUAAAUAUUUCAUCUAA